GAUCAGCUACUCGAAUCAGAUCGCAAGACUUAGUGCUCGUGCCGAAAAAGAUCGGAUUUUUGCACGCUGCUGAGUAUGGCGAAACAUAGUAUUUUUGACUUUCAAUCGCCCGAUGCUGACCUAAAAGACGAUGUCCUAAGGGGCCGACUGUUCGAAAUUUUAAGAAAAUAUGCCAGUGGUCCUGUUAUAUCAACUGAACUGGAAGAUGGCAAGAGCUGUUUGUUUAUCUUCGUUGGAGAAAAUGGGGGACAUUGGAUUCUGCGAAGUUUCUCCACUGGUUUGAUAACCUUGGAUGUAAUGCAAUGUGGGAAAGAAGAAAUAUUGUCUAAGGAUACUUUAAAAAGUAUAGAAAAGGAGAUCUGCAAAGUUCUCUCAGCUGAGAAGUCACUGCAUUUGCCACCGAUAAAUCGAGGAGCUAAAGUGAACACCUAUUAUCCAACUGUAGAUGAUCUUCUGAUCCAGUAUGACUUUGACAGAUUAGAAUUUGAAACCAAUUCUCCCUACCAAAACAUCAAAAUUCUUCACUCCCAGCAGUUUGGGAAUAUACUUAUUCUAGAUGAUGACAUAAAUCUUGCUGAAAGUGACUUCAUCUAUACUAAGACAAUAACAGGAAGUGGCAGAGAAGUCUUUAAGGACAAAACCAUUCUUAUUCUUGGGGGAGGGGAUGGUGGAAUUCUAAAUGAACUCCUGCAAUGCUCCCCUGAGUUUGUCACAAUGGUUGAUAUUGAUGAAGAUGUGAUAAACUGUGCUAUAAAGUAUUUACGAGGGAUAUGUGGAAAUGCUUUAGACAAUCUCUCUGGUGAACAUCACAAGGUACACAUUGGUGAUUGCGUGAAAUAUUUAGAGCGGUGUAUAGAGGAAGGCAGAACAUUUGAUUAUGUCAUCAAUGAUUUGACAGCAAUUCCUGUCACAAAGGAGCCAAUAGGUUCCUUGUGGGAAUUCUUAAGACUGAUUCUGGAUAUGUCGAUGAAGGUGCUGUCACCUAGUGGGAAAUAUUUCACCCAGGGUAACAGUUACAAUAAGCCGGAUUCUUUACUAAUGUACGAACAACAGUUAACCAAGCUGUCUUGCCCUGUCCAAUUCAGAAAAGAAGACGUCUUUGUUCCAUCUUACCACGAAAAAUGGGUAUUCUACGAAAUAUGGAAGACGAAUGAAAGUACACUCUCAUAAUACCAAUUGUAAACUGAGCUUAAUUGAUGUCUUACUGGAGAUGAAAGUAUCGAAACCAAUUGCAUUUUAGCCGAAAUUAGCUUAGUUUGAGGCACUAAACCGUCAAACGACUAUGUUUAACAAAGAGACCUUGGAACAUAGUUAGGUCAUCGUUUUAAAUAAUUUAUUAUACAACCGUUGUAAUAGAACACGCAUACCCCCACUAAAAUCGUUGGUGUUUAUUGUCAUGAACAUUAAACAACAGUCUAUCAGCCCGCUUCUAUGUAGCUACCUACUUUGCGUACAUUUUUGCCUGACUGCUUGGCUUAGUUUGUCGUCGUGAAAAGAGAAAGCUUACACCGAGGCAUAGAUGCCGUAAUGAUUUCUCAACGAGCGAACACUCAACUCCCAAUGCCUUGUUGAAGGAACCGAAACGAGAUAACCUGUGUCUG